CCAAGAUACAGGAGAGAGGCGCAGCACAGUGACGACUGCAAUUUGAACAAUGAGCUUCGCAGAGUUUUAUUUUAAUGUGGACAAUGGUUACCUGGAGGGUUUGGUCAGAGGGUUUAAAGGUGGCAUCCUGAAGCAAGCAGAUUUCCUCAACCUGGUGCAAUGUCAGACUCUGGAGGACUUGAAGUUCCAUCUCCAGAGCACGGACUAUGGAAGUUUCCUGUCCAAUGAAUCUGGCCCUCUCACUGUAUCAGUGAUCGAUGAUAAACUGAAACAGAAACUGCUGCUGGAAUUUGUCUACCUGAGGAACCAUGCGCUGCAGCCACUCACCACCUUCCUGGAUUACAUCACGUACAGCUACAUGAUUGACAAUGUUAUCCUGCUGAUUACGGGCACACUGCACCAACGUCCCAUCUCUGAACUCCUCCCUAAAUGCCAUCCCCUGGGCAGCUUUGAACAGAUGGAAGCCGUCCAUAUUGCCCAGACUCCGGCUGAGCUCUACAAUGCUAUCCUGGUUGACACACCACUAGCUUCCUUCUUCCAAGACUGCAUCUCAGAGAAUGACCUGGAUGAAGUCAAUAUUGAAAUAUUACGAAACAAACUUUACAAGGCUUAUCUCGAAUCGUUUUACAGCUUCUGUAAAGAGCAAGGUGGGCAGACGGAACAGGUGAUGUGCCCCAUACUGGAGUUUGAAGCUGACCGCCGUGCAUUCAUCAUCACCCUGAACUCCUUUGGCACGGAGCUGAGCAGAGAGGUCCGGUCGGCCCUGUACCCUUGCUGUGGGCGGCUGCAUCCUGAUGGUUUAGCUGUCUUGUCCAAUGCUGAAGACUUUGAGCACGUGCGUGCCGUGGCUGAAUAUUAUGCGGAAUAUAAAUAUUUGUUUGAAGGUGCGGGGAAAAAUUCUGAUGAGAAGACCCUCGAGGAUAAGUUCUUUGAAUAUGAGGUGAAGCUCAACAUGCUGGCGUUUGAAAGCCAGUUUCACUUUGGUGUGUUUCACGCGUACAUGAAGCUGAAGGAGCAGGAGUGUCGGAACAUUGUGUGGAUCGCAGAGUGUAUUGCCCAGAGACAUCGUGCUCGCAUCGACAACUACAUCCCCAUAUUCUAACUACAUCGGAGCAGAUCUGAUGUUACCAACUCUGUAACAUGUACCAAGCAACUGAUGCUCAAUCACAAGCCGCAGUAACUUACACGAGUAACCUCCUUCCCAAUAAACUUGAAGUCAUCUACUCUUUGCUCUUCACCUGAGUUGCCCCCAGUAAUCAACCUUUAGUCAUUUGCUUGUCUUCAUGGUCAAUCCAGGGGGGAGUAGUUCCAGAGUGGAACUCAAAUUUCACUUUAUCUUAGAUUAGAUUCCUUUAUUGUCAUUCAGACCUUUCGGUCUGAACGAAAUUUCGUUGC